AUGUCACUGCAAGUGGAGCCUUCCCAUCUACUCUCAUUUGAACGACCAUUGACACGCAUGGUGAAGAACCACCUUUCGCUCGAAAACACCGGUUCCGAGCCUAUCAUAUUCAAAGUCAAGACAACAGCACCCAAGCUUUAUUGUGUACGUCCCAAUGUUGGUCGCGUGGAGCCUCAUUCAAAAGUUCAAGUAGAAGUCUAUCUCCAAGCGUUCAAGGAAGAACCCCCUCUUGAGAAGCCAUGCAAAGACAAGUUUCUUAUCCUCAGUGCGACCGUCGACGCAGCGGAUGCUAUGACUGAUUUGCAUGCAACGUGGAGUCGUAUUGAAUCAACGGAAAAAUCACGCAUUAAUCAGACCAAGUUGAGAUGUGAAUAUCGACAACCGAAUAACACAUUACCACCAUCACAAGAACAACAACAACAAGAGGCAGAGGAGAAUAUGGAUGUAUCAACGAUCACUGCGAAUGAAUCAUCACUGUUAUCCGUGGCAGCAGCAGCACCAGCUGAGGAAAAGAAUGAGGCAUUGGAACAAGCAAGGAAACAAUUGAAGGAAAUGCAACAAAAACUUGACGCAUACCAAGGAGAGAUUUCCCAUCUUCGACAACGUAACAUCAACAAGAACAACGACGAAUCUCCUACCACCACCACUUUUGUUAAAGAAACACGUAUCGAAUCGACAGGCUAUCCUCCAUACAUCGUUGCCUUGGUUGCUCUCGUCGCUUUUGUUUUUGCUUGGGUGCUUCUUUCCCUCUCCUCCUCCUCCUCAUCAUCAUCCUGA